AUUGGACUUUCAGUUGUGUUCUCGUGAUUAUUAGUGCCUUGUCGUUACCGCAGAUUACGUACCAUUUCUAGUAUUUGGACCGUAUCUAAGGCUACGUAGUCCUGUCGGAUGUUCAGUUUCAGUUACCCAAGCGAAUAUUGGUGCAGUUAUCUAACGAAAUGGGAUCUUAUAUUGAUGAGGAUACUGGUGAUAAUUCAAACAUCCCUGAAAUAACACUACAGUCGGACACUUCUAUGAGUGAACAACAAAAUGCUCGUAUGUAUCUUUUCCCUGUUUAUUCAAGUUGCUAUUACUGCGAUUUGUGUUUCAUAAUAUUUUGCUCUCGUUUUAAUGGUGUGAUCGGCAAAAAUUUUGUCAACAUGUGCCUAACUUCACUAAAAUUUUCACAACAUUGUCAUAGAUUUUAUAUGACUCACAUAAAAGUACAUCUCUAUUGGCACACGUAUCCAUUCGACUCCAAAGGUCUCGAUCACAGUAGUUUUUAAUGUAUUUGAAAAUACUUCGUGCUUUGAAAAAUCAUGUUUGCUAAUGAUAUUUUUUUAACGAGUGAUUUGGCGUUUGGAUUGUGAUCGCACAACCUUCCUUCAUUUGUUUAGUUAUUCUAUGGCAACGAGCAUUCAAGAAGGUUAAGUCAAUAGACCUGGACUCAUGGAGCAAUCUACCAUGGGAUAAAUGUCCUGUUCGAUGCGCCCUCAGACACCGGUAUAGCGCAAUCAAGAAGAAAUGGGUUGUGGAUGAAGUGCAGAUCAAAAUGGAAUCAGAACCGUUCGACCGUGGAGCAAUGCGGGAAUGCUUUAGAAUGUACGUUUAUAUUUAGUGUUUGCACUCUUAUGUCUACACGUUCCGUACUUUCACCUAUUUUUAUUCGUACUACUGAACAUAGUCUAACAAAACGCAAUCUUCUAUUUCACCAUCAAAACUGACUGCUUUCUCAAUAACUUCUGUAGGAAAAAACAGAGUCAGAGAGCAUCAGGUACUAAUGACUGGCACUAUACGUCAAAUUAUGUGGCCAAGCGAUACAUAGCCCCUACAGACAAACAGAUAUACUUUGACGAUGUACGUCUACAAAUGGAAGCAAAGUUAUGGGGUGAAGCUUUCAAUCGCCAUAAUCCUCCCAAAAAGGUACGUUUUUCAUUUCUUCAGAAUAUCUGAACACAUUUAAUAUUUGUAUUUAAUUAGUUCCUAGUCUGAUUAUUUAUUUUCCGUUUACGAAGAUGAUAGUAAUUACUGACUUCGCUCAAAGCAUGUUCUCCAACAUCCUCUUUAUGUAGCUCUUUCCAAAAUAUUUCAUUUUCUCAUGUAUUAUGACGGACUUUUUAUUCGUUUUAUAAGUACGAAAGCCACUUAUUUGAGAUUUGCACCAUCCGCGAUAUUCUGAUUACUGACUAUAUUUCAUCAGGUACACAGAAUCCCUGUUGUCUAUUGGUGAUAACUUGAACUAUAGUAAGUCGCAUAUGUAUCUGAUGCCCCCUUGUGCCAAUAUUUCUAUGUUCAAAUAAAUAAAUAAGUUAUCUAUCUAAUAAAGAACUAUAUUGCUCGGUAGUUCCCUCUGGGUAUUUUUCGAUUAUGCGACUUGUCCAUUAAGAACGGGAAAUAUCGUAGGUACUACAUUGUAUUUGUUUUCAAAGGAUUACUGGAAUUCGGUGAAAUCGUGUCUCCGUCUUUGGUACUGCAAUAAUUUCUACCACGUUUUUUUAUUUAUUCCUGUGCUCUUACAAAUCGUAACAACAUGGAUCGCUAAACUUAUACUGAGUUCUACGUUGAUAUAACUCGCUAUCAGUAAAUUUAUAUUUGAUUUCAAAGGUGGAUAUCUUCCAGCUGUCUAUUCUCGAAUUGUCUCCUGACAGUUCUGUUGGUAGUGAUCAAUUAGAUUUUUCACCAGUAUUUUUUCAUAUUGAACGCUUUAUGGAAGGAGAAUAUCGUAAAUACAACUCAAAUUCUGGCUUCGUUGAUGAGUGCUUACGUAAUACCCCACAGACCUUUAGCCACUUCACAUUUGAACGUUCUGGUCACCGAUUGUUAGUAGUAGAUAUCCAAGGUGUUGGAGACUUGUACACUGAUCCUCAAAUUCAUACAUCAGAUGGAGUGGGCUACAAUGACGGCAAUCUAGGUACGCGGGGUAUGGCUUUAUUCUUUCAUAGCCAUAGAUGUAAUCCUUUAUGUAAAUGGCUAGGAUUGGCCCAAUUUGACUUGGCACUCUCUGAAUUAGAUGAGCCAAUGCAGUGUCAACAAACUGACCAAAUUCCACCUAACCCCUCAGAAAAAGAAGUCAAUCAAAUUGACCUGAGUAUAUAUGGGAUGUUUCGCAAAUCGAAAUUUCGUCGACGCACAAUCAGUCUAAAUAAUCAGAUGUCCUGUAAAUCUCCGUCUCACUUAUAUGGUCCGACAGUUGUUCGUUCAUCUGAGAGCAUGCUCAUGUCGGCACUUUCUGAAACUCGUCGUCGUUGUGCUAGUGUCUCACUUUGUGAUCAUCCUAAAUCUGUGGGACAAAGUUCGGAUUGCGUAUCAUCUUUCCAUUCAGUAGGUGACGGUCUUUCGUUCGACAGCUCUGACUCUCUGAAGCUUCGUGAAACAUGCCUAAAUCCCCCUUUCCAGCUAUCAAGCCGCCAACUUUCACCUGAUUUAAAUAUAUCUGGUCACGGACAGAGUUGUCCACAACCAAUGCAAAAUUUCAGUUCGGUUGUCCCCAAGCAACCGGAUUCGAGAAAUCGUGCAGCAUCUGGUGACUCAGGAUAUGUUGGACGAAUUAAUUUAAUCCAACCUUGUUCCGACCUACGUGCUAGUAGAUCUCACGAAAUCGCUUCUGGAUUCGAUCAAAACUGUAUGGAUUUUUGUGGUGAUUCUACCUCAGUUGAUUUACCAGUACGUAUAUCUCAAUCUAAUGUCCUGGGUAUGCGGUCCUUAGAAUCUCAUCCAUUAGUGGAUGAAGCCUUUCCUACGGGAUCAAAUUAUUCAAUUUCCAAUCGUGGUAUCUUUAUUUCCAAAAGACAGCGUAAUAUCAGUGAAUCUAGUGAUGUAGAUGCAGAAGAAUGUCAUCGCGUGCCAGGAAAUUUGUUGUAUCAACUAAUGCAUGAAAAUCACAAACCCAGUUGUGCCGAUCAUCCUACAAACUUGGAUCAAGAAAUUGGCCAUUCCAUUCUUGGGCAAAUACAUCAUGAACUUGCUAGACUUCAUGAAGCUGGACGUUUCAUUCCAAAUAAAGGUCAAUGGUCACAUGUAGGAUUAAGAGGUGAAGGGAUUUUCAACAAGGACUCUUGGGAAGUUAGUGAGCUCGAAGAAUCACAUAACGAAGCAAAUAAUGACCCAGUAACUUUGAUCGAUUGGUCAGCCGUCCUAUUCCAUGAAAGUCACGCUGCUCAGCUAGGCUGUCUGGAAGCCAUGAUAGUCAUGGCACAUUAUUAUCUUGGUUUACCAACUCAGCUGCUACUGGAGUGCCCAAUAAAACCGGAUCCAAGUGAUAUACGUAUUGGUAUCGAUCAUCUUUGGCGUGCUGCAGAAGGUGGUGAUCGUCGAUGCAUGAUCCUACUCGCUCGCUAUCUAGAUUUGUCAGUUAAUUUCCUAAAUCCAGGACAUCAACUCAACUUCAUAACAAAUUCGCGUGACAUAUUUAUGCUUCCUGCCUUACAAUCGUUUCUUAACAACGAUAGUCAUUCAUUACUUCCCUCCAUAUCCCCUGAUUCUUGGUUCGAAGCUAUAGGGUGGUAUAAACGAGCAGUCGAUAGCGCGGUAGGUUCAUCCGCUUCCAGUGAUGGAUGUACAGAUGAAGGUUUAGAUGCUGAAGGUCACUAUGAUGCUGCUGAAGAUUUGUUGCCUGUUUAUCGUAUCUUGGCUCGUAUGGCUGAAAUGUAUUCUGUCGGUGGCUUCGGUCUCAAGCAAAAUUUUUCUUUAGCUGGAGAUCUAUUCACUCAAGCUGCAGAAAUUGCGUCUGGUUCACUACAGGGUCGUCUGGCUGUAAGAUAUUUUGAGUUAGCAGAUGAAGCAUACUCAUCAAGUGAACAAAUCACAAACUGAUAGGAAGUAUAUUUUGACUUCAUAGGUGUCAAAAGGCAUGAUUUAACAUUCUCUAUCCCUGGUGUGCUGUUUAUACAGUUAUAAACAUCAGUACUUGUAUUAUUUUUUACUCUUGUUCGUGUAAUGUAUUUCUUACGAUCCAUAACACUAGUUUUGGCACUAUAUUGCAGUUCUUUCUAUCUUACAGUCAUCCGAUUGUACUACUUUUGUUUUGCUUGUUAUAUUUCAAUACACAUUUUUCAUUUAUAU